AUGCUUGCGGGCUCACUCUUGCUGCGGGGCGUCGGGGGAGACGGCCUUUACCCUCGUCGCAUCUCUCGCCUCUCCCAGCCGACCAUUGAGGGCGGGUUCAGAGACAAGCACACAUCGGUCAGCACACUGACGGACACACAUCGGUUCGCCGGUCUUAUCAUUCCACACCCCGGCCGGACUGACGAUUUUAUCAAUUUGCCCCAUCUAAUGCCGCCGGGUUACACUUUGCUCCGAACUCCGUCCAUCCGAUGGGUACAUUCUAUGUUUCCCACUGAACUCGCCAGCCGUUGGUGCCGGUGCAAAUCGGUACGAGCUGGCGGAAUCACAGGCGCCGUAAGGGUGGGAGAGUGA